AUGGCAAACCGACACGCACGCUUCACGACGUCCGAGGGUGUAUUUCGGAUAGAACUGAGCGAGGGCAAGGCACCCAAGACGACGGACAAUUUCAUCAAAUUGGUUGAGUCUGGCUUCUACAACGGCCUCAUCUUUCACCGCAUCAUCAGCGGUUUCAUGAUCCAAGGCGGCUGUCCGCAAGGCACAGGAAUGGGCGGCCCCGGUUAUACCAUCGACGACGAAUUUCACCCCGAGCUGAAGCACGACGUUCCUGGUGUCCUCUCCAUGGCCAACGCCGGACCGAACACGGGCGGCUCGCAGUUCUUCAUCACGCUUGCAGCCACCCACUGGCUGGACGGGCGGCAUGCCGUGUUUGGCAAAGUUGUGGAGGGGAUGGAUGUGGUUAGCGCCGCCGGCCAGGUGGAAACGGACGGCGGAGACCGACCCCGCGAAGACAUGAAGAUCGAGACGAUAACGAUUGAGUAA